AAAACCCAACUCGUCCAACUGGUAAAUAAGUUUUAUUACUGGGAGUAGUCCACUUUGCCAGUCUCCUUCAACCGCGUGCAUUUCUUCAGUCUCUCUCCUCUCUAUCGCCGCCUCUAUCUCUUUCUCUCUCCUCCCUUCCUUUCUUCUUUAUUUCUUCCCUCUUCACUUUUCUCUUUCACCCCUUCUUCUUCUCCUUCACGCUCACUUUCACCCACCCCUCAACUCUUCGUUGACUCCUUCUUCUUCAAUCUACUCCCCUAGAUCUGAUGCUCUAGUUCCCCUUUUUCAUCGCUCUAAGAUCUGCUGCUAUUAUGCGCUUUGAUUGAAUAUCCAUGUCCUCGAUUAUGGAGAUUAGCGAAGAAACGGUUCAAAUCAGGGAGGUUUGGCAUCAUAAUUUAGAACAAGAGUUUGCUUUAAUUCGGGAAAUUGUUGAUUCUUAUCCUUAUGUUGCAAUGGAUUCUGAGUUUCCUGGGAUUGUAAUUAGACCAGUUGGAACUUUCAAAAAUAUUACAGACUUUAAUUAUAAGACCCUAAAAGAUAAUGUUGAUAUGUUGAAGUUAAUCCAGUUGGGUUUAACUUUUUCAGAUGGAAAGGGGAAUUUGCCAACUUGUGGAACUGAAAAAUAUUGUAUUUGGCAGUUUAAUUUUAGGGAGUUUAAUGUUGGGGAGGAUGUUUAUGCUAGUGAUUCCAUUGAGCUUUUGAAGCAAUGUGGGAUUGAUUUUGCGAAAUAUAGGGCGGAGGGUAUCGAUUCGAAUCGAUUUGCUGAGCUUCUUAUGUCGUCUGGGAUUGUGUUGAAUGAUGAUAUCAAAUGGGUUACAUUUCAUAGUGGGUAUGAUUUUGGGUACUUGCUUAAGUCGUUGACUUGCCGGGACUUGCCCGAAACGCAGGCCGGAUUUUUUACCUUGAUCAAUAUCUAUUUCCCUUUUCUGUAUGAUAUCAAGCAUUUGAUGAAGUUCUGUAACAGCCUUCAUGGUGGGCUUAACAAGCUUGCCGAGUUGUUGGAGGUGAAAAGAGUUGGGAUUGGUCACCAGGCUGGGUCGGAUAGUUUGCUCACUUGUUGUGCAUUUAUGAAGUUGAAGGAGAAUUUCUUCGGUGGUAGCACUGAGAAGUAUGCUGGUGUUCUAUAUGGCCUCGGCGAGGACGGUUAGGGUUUAUGCCUUUUGUUUUUAACUCUUUUUAGUUAAAAAAGAAAUAGCAUUGACCAAACCAAACCAAAUCAAACCAAGCCACUGUUGAAUUAUGUCUGAUUUAGUCUGUUGUGGAGUUUCCCAUUUGUAUUUGUACACAAUUUAGUUGAAGGGUAUUGUUGUUCUUACUCAUAAGAAGGGUGUCAGAUCGCUUUGUAGCUUGUGUAGUAGAGUCAAUCAUAAUCAAUGUAACGGAAACCUUUGCUCUUUUAGGAGCACAGUUCUCUGUAAAUUAGAACAGUCAGUUGUUCAACAUGAAUCUAAUCAUGCUUACCUUCUUUUCAA